AUGGAUUUACUGAAGAUUUUAGAUACUGCGCCGGAUCCUGCGAUUGUCGAUGCACAAACAAUGGGAGUUUCUGGAGACACGUCUGGAGACUAUUGGUUACCUGCAUCCAUGUGCUUAUAUCAGAAAGAGUUAACCGACCAAAUUGUAUCGUUGCAUUACUCAGAUAUUUUGAAGUACUUUGAAACAUCAGAUUAUAGAGAAGAUAUCGUAAUAGGGUCUAUGAAAUCGAUGUGUUUGAAUAGUGAAUAUGUUGCUACACACCCUUACCUUUUAAUCGACCAUUUUAUGCCAAAAUCCUUGAUAACAAAGGACAUUCCUGGCCACCUUGCUGAGACAUCGGGAAAAUUUGCUGUCUUGAGAGAUCUUAUUACUCUUGUUCAAGAAUAUGAGACACACACUGUAUUAAUGGCAAGGUCCGACAGAACUAUGGAUCUCUUAGAGGCUCUCCUACUUGGUAAUAAGGUGAAUAUUGUUAGACAUGAUGGCCAAACUAUAAAGACAAAGAAUAAGCCAAAAAAUUUCUCAUGUACUUGCCAUCUCAUUUGCUCGGAUAAUAUUAAACAAAUAGAGUCUUCUUUCCCAAAAGAUAUUCGUGUCGAUAUGGUAGUAUGCUUAGAUCCUACGUGUAAUCCAGAAGAUCUGGUAAUACAAAAAAUUCGUCAGCAGAAUAGACCCAAGAGAGGAGCAGAUAGCAAUGCUCCAGCGAUCAGAUUAACUACUAUCAACUCCAUCGACCAUUGUGAACUGUAUUUCGGAAAACAUUUCAAAAAGGAUUCAAGAGAAUACCUUGUCAACGUUGCAGCUGCCGUGGUGGUGCUCAGAGACAUAGUAGGGACAUUGCCUCCAGAUCUCAGGCCGAUAUACUCCCAAAAUUUGAAGUAUCUCUCUAGUUGGUUGAAUGAUCCAAACAUGGCAUGGCCUUUGCCAGAUGUUUAUCCGAUCAGCAUUUAUACUGCAAUAGAUGUUGAAAAAUCGUUAUUGACAGAAGUAACUUAUAGCCAGACAGGUAAUGAUUUAAAAGAACAGUUCAUCAAUGACAGAAAGCGCAGGAAUAGGGGCCAUUCGAAAGAAAGGUCUUCCUUAUUGUAUUAUAAAUCUAAAAGAGUUAAAAACGACUAUUCCACCAAUCCAUUAAAACAAGAUAUGGCAGUUCUUACAUGGGUAUCAGCAUCUGGCCGGCAAAACGGCGAAAUUGAUUAUCAUUUAGCCACUGAUAUCCUGACUCAUAAAAUGAUCCAGUCCAUUGAAAAUAUCUACGCUAUGAAUCAGAGACAAAAGUUGGAAUUAGAUGAUUUUGAAAGAAUGGAAUCUAUUCAAAAUCAUCAUUUCAACAAGGUCAAUAAGGAUUAUAAUGAUAUUAAGGAAAAGCUUGAAGAAUCCGAAAAGAAGCUAAAAGAUGAUGACGUUAAGGUAAAAGAUUUCCUUGAGGAAUCAGAAAAGAAGCACAAACAGAUUGAAUUCAUAGAUUCAGAAAUUAAUGAUUUAAUGACAAAAUUAGGGUCUAAAAGCGAACCACAUAAGGUUUUGAAGGGUUUACUAGAAGAAAUUUCAAACUUGCAAGAUGCCCGCGAGAGAGAAAAACGAAAUUCGGAGUCUAAAUCUUCUGAGAGAACAUACAUGCAAAAGGAGAUAGAAAGAGCCGCUCAAUCUGUUGAUGAAAGCAACAAAGAACAAGAUAAAUUAAGAGAAGAAAUCAAGCUCUUGAAAACGAAAAUAGAGGACAGUGUAGCCGAAAAUAAAAAGAAGGUUGCCAGUGCUGAACAGAGAAUAGAUCUCUUGAAAUCACAACUACAACAGGAAGGGCAAAAUCUUGGAGGGCUUCAUUCUAAACUUGGAUAUAUAACUGAUAGACUAUCGAAAAUUCAACCCAGCAGAGGAAGACAGGCGACUAAUGGCCGAUCGAAGAAAUGA